AUGAAUCACCAACACAGUCUCUCUGUCUUGGACCUUUUUCAAAACGUUUGCCGAUUCUUUCCUAACAACAUAGCUGUACAAGACGGAGCUGAGACAUUGUCCUACCGCGUUCUGGAUCGCCGAUCGUCUGCCUUGGCCAAAAGACUGCGAGACAAUGGCGUGCGCCACUCGCAGGUCAUACCUCUUAUCACGAACUCUUGUUUGUGUAUGGUGGUUGGAAUACUAGCCAUCUUAAAAGCCGGUGCAAUCUAUACACCAAUAGAUCGCGAACAAUGGCCCAAGGAAAGAAUUGUGGAUGUGCUGAGAAGAACAGAUGCUUCGAUCGUCGUAUAUACGGGACCAAAGGUAGACUUACCAAGUAUGGUGAUGAUCGAUGCAGAAGAAAAUGAAAUUGAUGAGAGCCUGGAUGAUGAAGAAAUGGUUCUGAUUCCAGAACUAGCAGCUCUAAUCUUCACAUCUGGAACAACCGGAAAGCCCAAGGGUGUGGAGAUUAAGCAUUCAUCGUUAGCGAACUUUGUUACAUCACCGCACUUCAACUACGAUGUCACUCCGGAAGAUCGAGUGCUGUUAGUGCUCUCUGUGGCUUUUGACGGUAAGUGA